AUCGACAGCACAUGAGUGUGCUGCUCGGUACUCAAAAUAACAACAUAAAACACAUUAAAAUGGAUUUAAAGAAAACAGAAGUACAAAAUGUCAUCGAAAAUCUCAUUCAUCCACGAGAGAAGAAGUCUUGUAAUAUACAGGAACUUGGUGAACAUCAAGCAAUGCUUAAUUUCAAGAAGAAAAUCAAAAAACCAAAAAAGUUACAGGCACAGAAAAAGAGACUGUCCAGAAAUGAAAUGAAGGAAUUAGGCUUAUAUUCAUUACCGAAAAAGACAUUGAAAUAUGAUGACUAUAAAGAGCUAAAUAGUUUAUGGAAUUCAUAUAUGGAACAACAGCUUGGCAGUGAUAUCCAACAGCUACAGAAGAGAAUUGACGUGACAAGCUCUAAUUAUGAACAAACUAGUGGAUUGGUGCAUAAAAGUGAUCUUCAUGGGGCAAAAGUAAAGGUUGUACAGUCAAAAUGUAUUAGUUCUGUAGGCAUUAAAGGAAUCAUCAUACUCGAUACCAAAGGAACAUUUAGUAUAAUUUGUAAGGAUAAUGUGAUGAGAGUUGUUCCUAAGAAUGUGUCAAUAUUCGAGCUUAAAUGGAAUAAUCUUAGAAUCACACUUCAUGGAAAGAGUCUAGCUAUAAGAAGUGCCGAAAGAUCUGUAAAGAAGGUGAAAACUGUGCGACUGAUUGAACUGUGAUUUUGUUCAACGGUUAAAAUAUAUUUAAAUAAAUUUGUAAACACACUCGAAAAAAUUUGCAGAGUAAAUAAAAGAAAAUUAAUUAUAUUUUGUGUUUUCGCGCUUAAAUAGUCCAAUAUUUCGAUCAAAAUAGCUUUCAAAGCAAACAAUCGAUAGUAUAUUUAGUCAUAGAAGUUGAAGAUAUUAAAGCUCACCUUGAAACAAAGUUUUUAGUCCAAAAAGAUGUCAGAUACAGAUAUUGAGUUGGAAAAGGAAUUUAAAAAGUUCAGAUUGGAAGAGAUUCCAUUAAAAUCUAUUGAAGAGCCAGUAGUAAAAUCAUGCAAUUGUUCAUCAACUACGGGAAUCAGGUCAUCAUUACUGGAACUUUCGAUAAGCAAGAUUAAAACAAAAGACAGGAGAGGAAGUAACCUUAUAAAACCAGCACGAUUAAAAUUAAUUGGUAGUUGCUAUGCUAAACUAUCCAAAAAUGUAGAUACUAAUAAUGAGAAUGAUGAUAAAUUAAUUAAGAACGUAGAAGAUUUCACAUCGGAAGCCUUUCUAAAAAUGCGUAUUACGCCGCAUGCAACGAAUGAGUCACCAUGUCAUGUAGAAUCUCCUGUUGAGAAUAUCGACAAAGAUGAUAAAUUACCAUCCACCUCUUCAUCACUCAACUGUUCAACUCAAGCCAAAUUGCAGCAACAAAUGUCAUCAACAGAAUUCGACUCAACGAUAGACGAAAUGUCUGAUUUUUUGGCCUAUCAUCUAAGUCUCUUCAACCAUCGUGAUAAAUAUCUAAUUGAUUCUAUGUAUACAUAAUAAUACGUAUAUCCAUUUCUGUAUAUUUUUUGUGUAAUUAAUCUUUAAUUUUCUAGUGUAUGUAAAAGUUAUUAAAAAAAAAAUAAUAUAAUAUAAUUAAUUACUAUUUGUUUCUUCUUGAAAAGAGCUUAUGAAAUUCUUUACAC